AUGAACAAUAGUUCAUUUAUACCACAAUUUAAUGAUCCAACCAUAAAUAAAAUUAUAAGACAUAUUCCACCAGAAGAAUUACCUAAAGAACAAAAUUCAUUAAUUUUUGAUAAUAAAAAUGGUAUAGUAGAAAUUGCUUUAUGGAAUAAUAAUACUGAUGAACAUCCAUUUCAUAUGCACGGACACGUUUUUGGUGUAAUGUUUGUUGGUGAAAAAAAUGAAUAUCCUGAUGAAAAAAAAUAUAAUAAGAAAAAUCCUGUAAUUAGUGAUAAUGUGACCGUUCCUGGUUUUGGAUAUUUGGUUAUACGUUUCAUCGCUGAUAAUCCUGGUAUUUGCUUGGGCUUUUCAUUGUCAUAUUGA